GUGUGUGUCCCGCAGCCCGUUUCACCGGCCGUCUUGUAUUCCAGGAGGCCGGCAUCUUCAGUGUGGGCACCCGGCUGUGACAGCUUGCGGCUUCAUAGCCGGGUACCCACUGCACAUGCGCGAGUAGCACUGCUCUUCAUGAAUGGUCCUGUAGUCUUCUGGGACCUGUCACAUGUCCCAAAAGACUAAAGGGAGGGAGGGAGGACACUUUACGCUUCCGAUCGCCUAGGCCAGGGUGGGAGCGGUAUCUGUAAAAUUCGAGUACCCGCUCCCCAAAGGUGCCAAUCCUCAAUGGGGAGCAAUCCUUAAAGCAGAACUUCCCCUUUUGGAGUGGGCUCCGCUUUAAA